AGUUUGAAGAUGCCGAGAGUCUUAUAACUUCAUUAACAAAUGAUGGAAAUUUCAGUUAUGGUGGAUGGAUUGUGUAAAAACGGGGAGAUCACAAGGGCCAGAGAAUUAGUUGAAGAGUCUGUGUGCAAGAGUAUUAAACCUAAUGUAAUCACCUUCAAUACUUUGAUUGAUGCAUGUUGCAAAAGAUGGAAAUUCGAAGAGUUGGAUUUGGUAUUGCUGUUGAUGGAGAAAGAAGGGGUGGAGCUUAAUUUGAAAACCUACAAGUUCUUACUAGAUGGGUUUUUGAGCAGCGGGAAGAUUGGGGAUGCUGAAAGAAUGAUAAAGGAGAUGUAUGAUAAAGAUUUGAAAGUGGAGACCUAUUUGUGGAAUUCGAUAAUUCUUAAGUACUGUAAAUUAGGGAAAAUGGAGAGUGCAUUCCAAGUGUUUGAUAAAAUGCUUGAGAGAGGUGGUGCUCCAAAUGCAGAGACAUUUCGAAUCAUGGUUAGUGGGAUUUGUGGGAUUGGGGAGAUAGAAGCAGCAAAGGAGUUAGCAGAUAUGAUGCAGAGAAAGGAGAUAGCUUUGGGGCAUGGUGUUUUUGAGGAUUUGAUCCAUGGAUGCUGUAAACAGGGGAAGUUUGGUGAUGCUAUUGGACUGCUUUCGACAAUGGAGAAGAAAGGAUUAUUUGGGGACGUGCGUUUGUAUAACAUGGUCAUCGAUGGUUUAUUUGAGUUGGAUCGUGUUGAAGAAGCAACCAUACUUUUGAGCAUCGUGGUGAAAUGUGGUGCGACUCCUGAAACGAGCUUUAUACGGUAUUUGAUGAAUGGUUAAGUGUAUGGUAUGUUUACAGC